UCAUCACUCUGCACUUCUCAAGCUCAGAGAAAAAAGAAAAGAAAAACAACUCUCAAUUUCUAUAACAACUCUCAAUUUCCAUAAUACUUUUCCCUUCCCUAUAAGAUUAACCUUUCAAGAAGAGGAAAAAAAAAAUGAGAACAGGAAAUAGCUUUGUUACAACUUCAUCAACAAUGGAACAAACAAAAUCAACUAUAAAAGCUACAUUUUCACCACCAGCAAUGGUACAAAGAUCACCAUGGCAUUCUCCAGUACCAUAUCUCUUCGGUGGCUUAGCAGCUAUGCUAGGUUUAAUAGCUUUCGCUCUUUUAAUCUUAGCAUGUUCUUACUGGAAACUCUCUGGUCAUUUGAGAGAACACCGCGAUAAUGAUCAAGAUUCUGAAGAGGAUUCAGGUGAAAAACCAGUGAAGGUGAUGCCGGUGUUGUAUGAAGAGAAGAUUGUAGUGAUAAUGGCAGGAGAUUUGAUGCCGAGUUAUUUGGCUAUGCCUGUGUUGAGUAAAAGAAAUGGUUUGGGAGAUGGAAGUAGUAAUGAUAAUUUGAAUAAAUGUGAGGAGAAGAAAAUGGGAAAGGAAAGUGAAGAAUUAGGUGAUGAAAAGGAGAAAGAAGAAGUGGUGAUUGAAGUUAGAGAAGAGAGCCAUGUAGAAUCUCAAAACAGCCAUGGGCAAAACCAGUGAGCUAAUUUGAAAAAUUUAAAACUUUUUUUGAACUCGCGAACGUUACUCUUUGUUGAGCUCUGGGUAAAUUCCGCUUCUAGUUCAAUAACUCAUAAACCGCACGGGAGAUGUAAAUCAUACUAGGCAAGUCUCAUGAAAUAUGUUCAGACUAAAAAGGUUGUUGGUCCCAAGCUUCAUAUGUGGAAACCACUCGCUACACCAAAUUGCUACGCCUCUUCUUCUCCUUCUUUCCUUUUCUCUUUAUAAAAAAACUAUUUUUCCU